CAUCCCACCAUGGGAACCAGAGCCUUCUUCCACCACAGAGAGGAGGAGCAGAAGGAGGAGAGGAAACAGAGCUUGGAAAUGAGCUCCACAACCAGGAAAAAAAGGUUCAAAACCAGUGAGGAAGAGGAGACCUUCAGCCUUUCAGACCUGUCGAUAGCAGCUGCCCUUGCCUUGACCUCUGAGACAGCCAAUUCCAGGGAGUACAAUCUGAGAAGGGAAGCUGAGCUCCUGGAGCUGGAACAGAGGGGGCAGAAGAGGACUCGCUUUGGGAAUGACACGGAGAAGAUGGAAGAGGAGCUCAUCAGGAUCUGCAGGCAGCUCCGAGUGAGGGCUGACAGGAAGGGCCUGCGCAGGAAGGCCCUGCACAAGGCCUCCCUGCAGAAGGAGCUGCUGGAGCUGCGCGCGGCGCGGGCGCCCCUGCUCUGGAUCCCGCUGCGGGCACACGGCGUCUGGGAGAACAUGGAUGUCACCCUGGCAUGCACCGUCCUGGGCAGCCCCGUGCCACAGGCCACCUGGUAUAAGAAUGGAAUCCCCAUCGAUCCCCGCCGAGCCCCAGCAGGAAAAUACAAGAUCAAAAAUCAAUUUGGGAUGCUGACCCUGCACAUCAGCAGAUGCUCCAUGGAAGAUUCUGCUGAGUACAGCGUGGAGGUGAAGAAUCCGUAUGGUGAAGCUUAUUCCUUUGCUACAGUGCUUGUCAGGAAGUAUUAUGGAAAGGAGUCAGGAUUUGAUUCAGAAAUAUACAAAAGGUCCCUUCUGGCCAGAGAGGCAGAUUUUGCUUUUCCACUGAAACCCUUAUUUGCAAGAGAAAAGGAGCCUUUCACCCUCUCCUGUCACUUCUCCUCUGAUUUACUGGAGCACCAAGGAGGCAUCACCUGGUUCAGAGAUGGGGAGCUGCUGCAGGACUCCGAGGGCCGGGAGCUGAGGCGCCAGGGCUGUGAGGCCUCUCUGACAGUGCAGUGUGCUCACAAGGAGGACGAGGGCUUCUACACCAUCCGUGUCCCCUCGCUGCACGGAUACAAGGAGCAGACCACCUAUGUGUUUGUCAGAGAUGCUGAGGCACUGACAGCUGGAGCCCCAGGAUCCCCCCUCAGCGUGAGGUGCCACGAUGUGAACAGAGACUGCCUGCUCCUGUCCUGGGUAGCCCCCAGUGACGAUGGAGGAAGCCCCAUCCUGGGCUACCUCAUUGAAAGGUGCGAGGCUGGCUCGGAGCAGUGGGUGCAGUGCAGUGCCCAGCCUGUCAAGGGCUGCAGGUGCCCAGUGCUGGGCCUGGCAGAGGGACAGACGUACCAGUUCCGGGUCAGGGCUGUCAACAAGGCUGGCACCAGCCACCCCUCAAGGGCCAGUGACCCUGUCACCACCCAGGACGCCAGCAGGGACAAGAGAGUGACAGUGAUCCCAUAUGACCAGGGCAGGACCAUAGAAAUAUCCAAGGAUGACCUGGAGGGACACAUUAAAAUUCCCUUGCCACCCACCAAUGUUCAUGCAAGUGAGGUCAGAGAGGAUUAUGUGGCUUUGGCCUGGGAUGAACCAGAUCCAAGAGGCAGAGAGCCACUGAAUUACUAUGUGGAAAAGUGUCUCGUGGGCAGCAGCUCCUGGCAGAUGGUGAACCUGGAGACGCCAGCGAAUUCCCCAAGAUUUGCACUCUUCGGGCUGGAGAAGGGAAAAUCCUUCCGGUUCCGUGUGCGCUCCGUCAACAAGUUCGGCAUCAGCGAGCCCUCGGUGCCCAGCGCGCCCGUGCUGGCCGGGACACAGCCCGCUCCUCCAUCUCCACCGUCUCAGGUUCUGGCCUUCAGAGACACCAGGACAUCUGUUGUUGUGCAGUGGGACAAGCCCAAGGAUGGCCCAGAGCCCCUUGGGUAUUACAUCUACUGCCGGGAGACGGGCACGGAGCAGUGGCAAACAGUCAACAACAAACCAGUGACAGGGAGCGAGUUUACUGUUCCUGGGCUGCAGCCUGGAAAGGAAUAUGUGUUCUGUGUGAAAUCUGUCAGUGAUGCAGGACUGAGUGAGAGCUCACCAGAGACAGAUCCCAUCGUUGUCAGGCCAGCAAUUGCCUGUCCCUCGGCCCCUCGUGACUUUGUGCUGCUGCACUGUGGCAAGGCUGAGAUGACCAUUGGCUGGAAAGCCCCGAAGCACAAGGGAGGAACAAAGAUCCUGGGAUAUUUCCUGGACCAGCACGAGCCCUGUGAGCCCGACUGGCACCAAGUCAACGCUCGGCCGAUUCCUCGGCGCGUUUGCACGGUCGGCAGCCUGCAGGAGGGGCACCUGUACCAGUUCCGUGCCCGUGCCAUGAACAGGGCUGGAGUUGGGGCAGUGUCUGAGCCCAGUGACCUGUUCAGAUGUGAGGAAUGGACAAUGCCAGAGCCAGGCCCUCCUCACGAUGUCAGGUGCACUGAGGUGAGGGACUGCUCCCUGCAGCUGCACUGGGAAGCUCCUCUGUACCUGGGGGCAGGGCCGCUCACAGGGUACCUCAUAGAGCUGUGUGAAGAAGGCUCAGAAGAGUGGAAGCAGAUAAACAAGCAGCCCACAGGCACCACCCACAUGAAGGUGUCAGACCUGGAAACGGGCAAGUGCUACAUUUUCCGAGUACGAGCGCUGAACAAGGCUGGAGUUGGACCCCCCUCACUCCCCUCAGACCCUGUGGUGGCUAAAACCAAACCUGGCACAAAUGAAAUUGAAGUCAGGGUGGAUGAAGAGGGUUUCAUUUACAUGGCCUUUGAAGCUCCUGAAAAGAAUGACUCCUCUGAAUUUAUCUGGUCAAAGGACUAUGAGGGACCUCCAGAUCCUGACCGAGUCCAGAUUGAAGAGGAAGGCAAUAGAUCAAAGCUGAUACUGAAAGAGCCCUCAGAGAAGGACCUGGGUGUGUAUUCAGUGGAGGUCACAGAUGUAGAUGAUGAUAUCUCUGCCAGCUGCACGUUAACAAAAGAAGAUCUGGACAAGUUACUGAAACGCAGCCACGAAAUCAGGAACCCACUGAUCAAGCUGAUAUCUGGCUGGAACGUCGACGUGCUGGAGAAAGGGGAAGUGAGGCUGUGGCUGCAGGUGGAGACGCUGUCCCCGAACGCGGAGCUGCACCUGAUCUUCAAUGACAAGGAGCUCACCAGCACCCCAACACACAAAAUCAACUUUGUCAAAGAGAAAGGCCUCGUGGAACUGAUAAUCCAGGAUUUCUGUGCUGAUGACAAAGGGAUGUACACGGCCCAGCUCAAAGAUGGGAAAGCCAAAAAUCAAUUCACCCUUGCUCUCAUAGAUGAAACUUUUGCUAAAGUGGCAGAAGAAGCUGAAGCAAAACGGCGACAAUGGAAGAAAAAGCAGGGUCCACAUUUCAUAGAGAACCUGACAUGGAAAGUUUUGGAGAGCUGUGAAGUGCUCCUCACCUGCAAGGCAACAAACCUGAGGAAGGACACCAGCUUCCAGUGGUUCUUCAAUCACAAGGCACGAGCUGGUGGAGUGUUUGAUCCACAGACUGGGAUGGGAACUCUGCAGAUCCCAAAGGUAACCAAAGCAGAUGAGGGCCUGUACAAAGCAGUGGUUUCAGAUAACCGAGGAGAGGACUCCACCCAGCUGGACCUCACAAAAGGAGCCUUUGAGGAGCUUCUGAAGGAGCUGUGCAGGAUCAGUGCUCUUUCUGCCACACCUCUGAAAAUCCAGCCCACUGAGGAGGGCAUCAAAAUCUACACUGAAGUCAAGUACUACACAGACUACAUGAAAACCACCUGGUACCACAAGGAGAAGCAGCUGGAGAGCCGGGACAGGACGAGAGCUGGGAGCACCAUGGACCAGCUCUGGCUGCACAUCCUGGAGCCCGGCGAGGCCGACAAGGGCAAAUACACCCUGGAGAUCUUCGAUGGCAGCAGCUCCCACAGGCUGACUGCAGACCUGGCAGGGCAAGCUUUUGAAGAUGCCCUGGCUGAGCACAAGAGGCUGAAGGAAGCAGCAAUAGCAGAGAAGCGUCGUGCCAGAGUCGUUCAAGGUCUGCCAGAUGUUGCCACCAUCAUGGAGGACAAGACCCUGUGCUUAACUUGUUGUGUGUCUGGAGACCCCUACCCAGAGAUCACCUGGUUCAAAAACGAGAAGGUCAUCGAGUUUAAGGACAGAUACAAGAUGGAUGUGAAGGGCUCAAUGGUCACAAUCACCAUAGAGAGGGUCUGCAAUGAAGACACAGGAAAAUACAGCAUCUAUGUCAAGAAUAAAUAUGGCUCUGAAACAGGGCAGGUCACCAUCAGUGUCUACAAACACGGGGAGAUCCCAAUAGGAACAGAGCAGGAAAUCCCAGCUGGGAUUGCCACAAAAAAGCGUAAAUGAAUGAAUUGUCUCCUUGAAUCUGAAAGGAAUUUAACUCCUUCAGAUGCCUUUUGGUGUCUCUGUGUUUAUUUUAGCAGUAUUUCAGUGGUUUGGCAGUUAUAGAACAAUUCUGGUGUGUGUGUGUGUGUGUGUGUGUGCUCACACGUGUGUGCACUGCAUGUUCACCCUCCAGAGAGACUCUGCCCUGGUAAAUCUGUGUGGGCUUUCAGUGCAGGGGUUUUGUAUUAAAUCUCUACAUGUAACAGAUUUUCUUGUAGCCUCUGUGCGUGUGUCAUUAAACU